UCUUCGAUUUAAAUUACCGAUUUUGGAAGCCUAUCCGAGAAACCGAUCCGGUUUUUAACCUUUAACAUGCUCGCAACGAGAAAUGGUAGUCACCUGUAAUCUCUCUUCUCCCCUUCUUCCUCCUUUCUCUUUCUUCAAUUCCUCUCUCCAACAUUUCUCAAGACAAUCACAAAACCUUUCCCUUUUCUCUCUUUUCAAUUCCCCUGGUCACCUGUUACAACCAAAACCAUCCAAACAUCUUCGAGCCACUUCCUCCAAAGCUUUAUCCGUUGCAAUGGAUUCUAAAGAAACCUCUAAAGAAAGUGAACAAGAUUCUCGUAUGAAGCUUUUAUUCGUAGAAAUGGGGGUCGGUUAUGAUCAACAUGCGCAGGAUAUAACUGCUGCUGCUAUGAGGGCUUGCAGGGAUGCUAUAUCUUCUAAUUCGAUUCCGGCCUUUCGCCUAGGCUCUGUACCCGGGGUUACAUUUGAUCAGAUGAAACUUAAGAUCAAGUUGGGAGUUCCGCGUUCGACCCAACAAUCUUUGGACGUUGAAAAAGUUAAAUCUGUUUUCCCAUAUGGUAAUAUUGUUAGCUGUGAGGUUGUGGAUGGUGGAUUGAUUUGUUCGAGUGGUGUCUGUUUGGAGGCAAUUGGUGACAAAAAUGAUGACUGCUACAUUGUAAAUGCUGCAGUCUAUGUUGGUUAUUAGUUUUGAUCUCAUUUUGUUGCAAUGUGCAACAGAUCACUUUGCACUACUGUCUCUCUCACUUUGCACUACUUUCUCUCAUGAAGAUCAUCAUUGUUGUUCAUUUUUCAUGAAUAGUUUGUUAGUUUUCUAAUGUUAUUAUCUGGCAUUAUCCUGAUUGGAAAAUGGGGCAAGCGUGCCGUUUUCAUGUAA